AUGGACGACGGCGCGUCGACUCGUCCAGCCGACACUCCUGAGGACUCCGGUCCCGGUGAGGAAACGCAAACACAGGGAACGUCGUCGAAAAACCAAGCGUUAAAGGAUCGAAAAUGCCAAUACUGCAAUCAGGCAUUCACCUCGUCUUCGCUCGGUCGACAUCUCGAUCAAUUUCUCUUCAAGAAGAAGCCCGAUGGUAUCCACGAUGUCGAGGAAAUCCGGCGCAUUCGCAGUGGGAUCACGCGGCGACAGGCGAGGACGUCGACUGGGAAACGGGAUACUCCCGAUCGCGGGUUGGCUAAGGGUUCGCUAGAUUCGGCCCAGGGUGGUGAACCUGGCGGCAAGGGGCCUAUCCGAAUGAUGUUCAACACGCCGACGUGGCAUGCGACCGGGGUCAUCAACGACAUCCCGAACCCCAGCCAGUUGCAGGAGCAGGCCGCAUCUCGAUUCGCAGCCUCUCAGUCUCGGAUGGGCUCGUUUGCGCCUACUGAUCUGGGCCGGAGCUCUGCCGCCACAAACCCAGAUACCGUGAGAGCGUUGGAAUUGGCCCUACGCGAGGUCUUAGAUAACAUCAAAGCUGCAACGUCUCGUAUGCGACCGCGCAUCUCUCCAUUUGAGUUCGACAUCCAGGUUCAAACCUUUCCCUCUCUCUGUCUCCAACUCCUGCCUCCGCCACCUACACUAUUCGCGCCGAACCCAUUUCCCUCGAAUUCCUCCUUCCCUCUCGACCCUCCAGGACCAGACCACCUCAACAUAGUCCGCCAGGCCAUCCGCGCGAAGAUUGAACAAUGGCAGUCGGACCAGCUCGCCGCGGAGUCCACGACCAACCUUGGAAAAACCAGUCUCGGCAUGGAUGCGACCACAAUUCAGCGUAACGCGCAACAACACGAGGAACUGAGCCUGCGACACCUUGAACUCGCCUACAAGCACUGGCUAUCGCUCCCCUACGACUCGAGAAGAGACGCUUGGCAGCUUGAAAUCAUGCGCGCAUUCGCCCGCGAGUCCGAGAAACGCAAGUCUCUUGACGAGCAGCUCGCCCGCGUCCAGCAAGAGGCUAACCAACUUCGAUCCCAAGUCGAGAAACUUGGGACGUGUCAAUGGCCGCGGGAAUUCGCGCUCUUUCCGCCCGAAACAUUGCCCCUGCCGCGCGAUGUCGCGCGUGAACUUGAUGCCAAAGAGAGCCAAAUCAGUCCCGGCUCCGCACGCUGGGACUACGAAAAUGUCGUCGCGAAGUGGAAGCGCGUUGUCAUGCAUGAUCGGACUAUGGGCCGCGUCGGGAUUAGUGCUUCCAGCCCUUUACAUGACGAGCCUACAAGCACCGCUGCCAGCGAUAGCAAGUCGAGAACAAUCCAGCCACCGUCGACCGCAAGUCCCAGUGCUGGUCCUUCACCAGUACAGAAUCCGAACGCGAACCCGAAUCCCUCCUCGCCAUAUAUGUCUCACGAAAGCCCAAAUGCGGCGCCGCAGGCUAAACGCCAGCGUUUGAUGAACGGCCGUCCUCACCCGAAUGCCCCGACCGAGCAGUCGGCGGCGGGCGCAACGCAAGGAGCGCCGGUUUCUUCAGGUCCUUGGCAUUCAGUUCAAAAUCAACAGGCCCAGGCUCACGUCCAGGGACCCAGCCACGGCCAUGGUCACGGGCAACAACCGUCACCACCGUCUCCUUCAACUGGGUGACUUGACUUGCGAAGCUGCUGCCUGCCACAAUUCAAACAACAUAAGCCUUGCUAUAUAUUGUAGCUUUAUACCGCAUCAGGACUGUCACUGUAUCCGUUUCGUUGUACAUACUAACUGCCACUAUUCUACUAGCUCAUUAUAAUUAUCUUGGCAUUU